AUGAAACCCCCACCAGGUUGUGUUCUUCUUUUGGUAUAUGUCGAUGAUAUUAUUAUUACAGGAACUGAUUCUUCACUAAUCACUAGCCUGCAACUGCAACUUAAGGAUUCUUUUCAUAUGAAAGAUCACGAUACUCUUACAUAUUUUUUGGGUUUGAAAGUUCAUCGUGAUUCAUCUGGUGUGUUUCUAAAUCAACACAAAUAUACCCAAGAUUUGAUUUCUUUGGCAGGUCUUCAAGAUUCCUCCUCUGUGGAUACUUCAUUAGAAUUGAAUGUAAAGUAUCGCCGGGAGAAAGGCGAUCUUCUUCCUGAUCCAACUAUAUUUCGGCAAUUAGUUGGGAGCUUAAAUUAUCUUACUAUUACCAGGCCUAAUAUCUCUUUUGCAGUUCAACAAGUUAGUCAGUUCAUGCAAGCUCCCCGUCAUCUUCAUUUGGUGGCUGUCCGUCGCAUCAUUAGAUACUUUCGAGGAACAUCUAAUCGUGGAUUAUUCUUUCCUAGUGGUUCGAAUAUUUAUCUUAAUGCUUUUAGUGAUUCUGAUUGGACGGGAUGUUCUGACACUCGUCGUUCGGUUACUGGUUGGUGCAGGUUUCUUGGAGAGUCUUUGAUAUCUUGGAAGAGUAAGAAGCAAGACCCUGUGUCAAAAUCUUCAACAGAGGCUGAAUAUCGAGCAAUGUCUACUGCUUGCUCUGAGAUUGUGUGGCUUCGUGGACUACUUGCUGAGAUUGGAUUUCCUCAACCUAAUUCUACUCCUCUCCAUGCUGACAAUACAAGUGUUAUUCAGAUUGCUACCAAUUCGGUUUAUCAUGAGCGGACCAAACACAUCGAAGUAGACUGUCAUUAUAUACGAGAAGCUGUAGAUAAAGGUGUCAUUACUCUUCCGCACAUGUCCAGUGAUCUUCAAAUAGCUGAUGUAUUUACAAAAUAA